GCAGGCGCAAACGCAAUCCACGGCUUUGCAGGCGCACUGGGAGGCCAGGGCCGAGACGAGCGUUCGGAACUCUGAGGAACUGGCUUGUCAGGUUUUCCUAGGCAUGAGUAGGGCGGCUCUCCACCCAGCGAGCCUUUCAAGAUGGUGGUGGCGAAGUCGGAGGCCAGUAGGGAUGCCACUGCCUACUUCCGUUCAGCCAGACUUUGGCCCGCACUGAUCACAGUCCUGGGGCUGGGAUACUUCGCGUGGGCUGUGUUCUGGCCUGAGAGUAUCCCUUAUCAGAGCCUUGGGCCACUGGGCUCCUUCACUCAGUACUUGGCAGAUCACCAUCAAACCCUCCUGCGCAAUGGGUACUGGCUUGCCUGGUUGGUUCAUGCUGGAGAGUCCUUAUACGCCAUGGUAUUGUGCAAGUCCAAGGGGAUCACAAGCCCGCAGGCCCGGCUGCUGUGGUUCCUACAGACGUUCCUCUUUGGGGUGGCAUCUCUGUCCAUCUUGAUUGCCUACAGACCAAAGCGCCAAAAACGCACUUAGGGAGCUGGCCCUUCGAGCCUAGGUAGAGCCCUCUGGCUGCUCGUUUCUCCUUCCCAUUCUCUGGCUGAGCUUGAACAGACCAGGGUUACUCAAGAGAGACCUGAGAACAGCCAUGGCUCUCCAUUUCUGCAGUAUCACCUGUUAGGCAGCAGCUUCGGCCACCUUGAAGCCCACAGCUUUCCGUGGCUCUCCUGGCACCUGGGUAAAGGCACAUAUUAGGCACAUACAGGCGUGUUGGGGUACUUUGCCCCUCAACCCUCACUACCACCAUUCCGCUCUCCUUUCCCAAAUGUUUUUUUCUGGACCAAGUGACACUUACACAAUAUAUCGAUUGCCCAUCCUUUUACCAGACACCUCUGAGGCAGGGUUCUCAGCCACUCAAACUGCAGAAAGAGCUAAGAGAAAAGAUACCUGGCAUGGAGCCGGCUGCACGGAGCCCCAGGGACAUGCCCAACCCAGGAGCAGGCGCUGCCAGCUGGAAGGAAUUCGUCCCUACCCAUGGCACCUGGGACUGAGCUCGGGGUAGUGGCAGUAUCUGGUGGCCACAGCUAGAUUGUUCCUUACUUCACACAGUGUCCUGUCCCCUACCAGCGCUGAGAUGCCUUACAUGUCACUCGACAGAGGAAGGACACUGGUCAUCUCACUCUCCACUUCUCUGGCAUUCCAGUUGUAUGCCAACAUUUCCAAAGGCACUCAGUGUCCCCUCAGCUCAGCAAAAAGACACAGGUGGUGCCAUGAUUCUCCACUGCCUUCAGGGAAAUCUGGAUCUUUUUCCUGCUCUCUGUCACUUUCUCCUUCCUGCACUGGAUUCCUUGGUUGCACACCAUCGUGUUCUAGAGAUCCAAGUCUAUGUGUCACCCAGCUGGUUGCCGCCUCCCCCAUCUGCUUGUUGGGGAAGGAGGGCCACUGUGUUCUCUCCCCUACCCUGGAAGAAGGAGGAAUGAUUCUGUCACUCCCCGGGACCCCCUGACCCUUCUCUGCGGACCAAUGCUCAUUUCCCUUCCAUGAUACAAUGGAUGGGGCAACAAACAUCAGAAACAGCUUGCUCCCAAACAGCCCUGAAAGAUUAUGGACCACGUAGUAUUAAAGCCGGAUCCUCUCUAAAGGCAGAUUAUGGGGGGAAAUGGGCUGACCGGAAUAAAAUGAAUUGUCUCCAAA